UUGUGUCCAUGCAACAUGUGCUAUAUUUGCAAAGAAACUGGAACCUGCCUGUUUGUGGACAAUUAUUUGUUACCCUCUACUUAUCUUGAUGCAUAUAAUCCUAUCAACUACCCAAUUGUUGGAGAUGAUAAUUGGGAGCCGGUGGACUACCCAAUUGCUCCUUCACCAUACAAGAAACAAGCAGGGAGGCCUAAAAUGAAGAGAAUCAAAGAACCUGGAGAGGGAAAAGCACCACCUGCCCCUGAUGCAAGCAAGCUGUCUAGAAACCUUUAUGGAACAAAGAUGACCUGCAUGAUAUGUAAGCAGAAGGGACACAACAAGAGAGGUUGCUCAACCAUUAAGAAUCAAUCUCAACAAGAUGAAGGAAGCUCUAAGGGCAACAAAGCACCAAAGAAGCAGCAGGCUAAGAGAACAACUGCUCCAAAAGGACUUAGGAAUGUCUUGAAACAAAUUAUCACAUCAAGGAGGGCAUGGAAGAAGAGGAAAGAAGCUGGGGAAACCAAGUCAACUAGGACUGCCCAAGCUUCAUCUUCACAAAGAGAGCAUCGAGCAACAGAGAUUGCCUCUUGUACAUCAUCACAGAAUGUGCAGCAGCCAAGUUCACAAUUUAUCGAGCAUAGUCAAACUUCCUCAAAAUGGGCAAGCUUUUGAAGAUGAUGAAAUUUAUCUGAAUUGAUGUUUCAAUGUUGGCUGACAUUAAGCAAAAAUUUUAUGCUUAAUUUUUGGUUUUCUUGUCAGCAUAUUGAAAUGUAUUUUGUUAUGUUUAUUGUGGCAGACAAUUAUGCCUUGAUUAAUUAUGUUUGGAUAUUAUUUGGUAUUUGGUACUUAUUAAACUAUGUUAUGCUUUUGGGAUAUGGAACUACGAUAUAGUAUUUUAGCAGAA